AUAAUACAACUGUUUUACUUGGCAGAAAAGAAAAAAUGUCUUAAUUUUUCAAAUAUAUAAAAUAAAAAAUUGUAAAUAUAUUUUCCCCCCAUUAAAUAUAUAAAAAUAAACAAACAGCUUGAAUUACAGUGAAGCUAAGCUACAAAAAAAUACCUAUUUUGUGAUUUGCUUCAUUUUGUAUUUGGACUUGUAGAAGUAGGUGUGUAAAUAAGUUGUUAACUUGUUGGUAUUUGCUUUUUUUCAGUGUCGUUUUCAGAAUAGGCGUUUAGAAAGGGCUAUUGUGCUGAUUAUAUAAAGUAUUACCCAUUAUGUGGUAUCGUAUUUUUUAAAAUUUAUAAUGUGCAGCAGACUAUUAUGCUAUGCAGUUAUGUAUACAAACAGUAGACUAAACGAGUAUACAAGUUAAAUGUUUGCUUUUUUCCUAUAUGAAUGAGAUCCCACGGCGAGGCCCGUCAAAACACCUGAGAUUAAGGCCAGAGUUGGACCAUUACACAUAAAUGCUUGUCUUUUGCCGACAUUUACGGUGAUUUACCCAAAAAUGUUACACGCAGGUUAAAAAUAGUGAAUUUUAACUGCGUUUGUAACUUAUAAAAUGGACUGCCCUGCUAUUGUGAACGAAUCUCUACAAGGCAACCCUAUUGUGCAAAAUCUUGUUGCUUUAAAAUUUAAGAUUCGCUUAAGUUCUGCGACAUUCGAAAACUCGGUCAUUAUUCCAACUUCUGCCGUCGCCUUUUUUCUCCUUCCCGUUCGUGACGUCAUGUCCUGUCGAGCGGAAGCAGCUGACGUCACCGAAUCUAUCGACGAAGCCCUUCUAUCAAAAAUACGAAAGUUUUCUUCAGGACACAGAAAUGCCUACGUCAUUCUGUUGAGUCAGCAAUUUAGCGAAACUGAGAUAAAAGCUCACCAGCUUUUACAAGAACAUUUUAUGGAGGACAGAACAACUGUAUUAGCUGCAUUAAGCCACAAAAGUGAGUAGACUUUAUUUCAAAUACUAAUUAGAUCGAAUACCGCUUACAAAUAAUCGAAUUACGGGUUCGAGUCCCACCGCGUGAAUUAAACAUGCUUUUGAUCCAUUUACAUCUACACGACGCAUUUAGUGGUAGGUUCUGAAACUGUAAAAAU